AUGGGUGAGGUGGUAAAGUGGUGUCCUAAACCAGGGUACAAUGGUUCCAAAACUGCUGAUAAUCAGAAAGGGAAUAAUAAUGGUAAUCCAUCCGUAAAUACAGAAGAAGCAAAAAAGUUGCUGAAGAAAAUAGAAAAUGAAUGGUUACCUACAAUUGAAUCUCAAAAUAGUCCUCUUACUGAACGCUUGGUUUCUUCUCUUGUGGAGGAAAAUCUUAUGACAUCACUUGACGAUUCCAUGGCAGAAACUUGUGAAGAUGGCUCCUUUACAAGUACAAGUUGUAAACAGGAUAUUGGGAAAUCAGAUAAUAAUCUAAAUGGUGAAAGUCUUGAACAAAGAAUACGAAAAGAACUUGUUAAUAUAGGUGCUUUAGAAGCUAAUCAUGGUGAAUCUAGAAGUUCUGAUGAAGUAUUUAAUGAACUAAAAAGGCUACAAGCUGCCUUAAUACCUGUUUGUGAGCAUAAUAUUAAGCAGAAAAAGAAGCUUUUAGCCUUAGCCAAGGCAGAAAUGGCCAAACAAGAAGUUAAGAAAAAACUGCAAGAAGCUGAUGCUAGAGUUAUGGAAGCAUAUCGAAAUAUUGCUGCUGCUAAAUAUAAAGGGAAAAAACUAAGUAAAAAGGAACGAGAUCAAGCAAUGAAGAUCAUAAAAGAUAGGGAAUUAUUGAUGAAGCAACUGAACAGUAUGUGAAGUAUGUAUCUGGUAAUAAUAAUCAGUAUGAUCUGGCUUUGAAGUUUGAAACACCUUUAUAUGUAUGUAUAUAAAAAAAUCUAUUUGUAAAUAUGCUUUGUAAUUCAAUAUUGAUGUUAAUACAUUAUUUUAAUGUAAUUUUACAGUAAUUUAGCGUAUUAACUUUAUUUAAUUUGAAGGUAAUAUGGUGCUAAGGAAUGUUAAUAAUAUGGAUUUAUUUGAAUUAAAAUAAAUGAAAAUAAUUCCAUUAGUGCAACAUAUCUUUCUGUACUUUAGAAAAUUUAUUUUAUAUUAAUACUCAUAAGCCAUUAUUUUUGCUUAUAAAUGUGUUCUCCUUUUUUAAAAAAAAUUUUCCACUCAGUCAAAGGAGAAUGAAUUCUCCCAUGGACCCGCAGCCUUGGAACUGUGAACUUCCAUGUGUACCUAAUAUUUUUCAGUAUUAAAUCUUUGCAAAAACAGUUCCUAUAAAAUCUUUUAUUGAAGUAUAUGGAUUCCAACAUACACAGGGUUGCCACGCUACCUGGAAAACCGGGAGAAGUCAGGGAAUUCGAAAAUUGACCAAAAUAUUCAGGGAAAAGUCAGGGAAUUUAAGUAUUUUUGUCAAAAUCUGGGAAAGUCAGGGA